CGAAGAUGGUGAACAACGCAGGUACUGUUGUCCUGGAGGACGAGGGCGGGAACAUCAACGAUACUUGUAAAACCCCUAGUGAACAAGUAAAACGGGAACACCAGCACGACCAAAAAACAGCAGAAGACGCUCUUGUUCGUGUCCCCGUCUAUCCUGUGCAAAAGUAUCGUAGUAAUUGCAAUUAUUAUGCAUGACAAAUCUCUUCCUCAAGGUAAAUCAGCAUCAUAAGUUUCAUUUCUCAUGCUGAUUAAAUUUGUCAUGCAAUCACUACUAGUACGAUACUUUUGCAAUGCAUACCGUCGUCCCGCUACACGACGGGCCAGAGCGGUCGGAGCAGAUGGAGAUUUUGUCUGCAACCACCGGUUUGAUUCCGCAGACGCUGCUGUACUUGCUGCGCCGCAAGCCGCACGCGCUUUCCCUGAC